CGACGAAACUCGUGCGCCAUGACAACGUGCACAAGACAUGACCGUUCCUUUAAAGAUGCUAAAAUAUGAGUAGCAUUAUAUUUUGUUUUGCCGUUUGAUCACGGCGAAUAAUGCGCGACUCAUAAAUUUGGCGGUCUACUUGCUAGUUCGGACUUAGCAAGAUGGCCAGGGAGCAUGCCUUGUCAACGAAAGUCUUGAACUACAUCACCUUUGUAUCCCUGGUCAUACUGCUAUGUUUCUUCAUCAACUAUCCUAUUGUUCGCUGGCUUCGACAGAUCAGAGUAAAUCACUGUUUGACAUCAUCGUGCGAGAAGUUCACCCGUGAUAUACGCAUGUCGAUCAAUCGAAAGGCUCCACCGUGCCAAGACUUCUAUAAGUUUGCUUGCGGUCAUUGGGAGAGAGCGCAUCCCGGAUACAGCGAUCAGACAGAUUUCACCUUCGAAAAAAUCAUCAACGGAAUGAUCAGUCGGCUGAAAAAAAUUCGUGUUCCUGCACAAGGGCAGAGUGCAGUGCAGAAGGCUGCGGCCAUAUUCCAAGCGUGCACCAGUAUGAUCAACACAGAGUCUACAAAUGCAGAGGCCAUGCUUCGCCUGCUGGACAAGUUGAAUCUCAACUUCCCAGCUGGAGGUAGUACAGUGCAGCUGAAAGCGCUUGACGUGCUGGUGUCUCUGUCACUAUCUUAUAACAUCGAUUUGCUCUUUACUCUGGAUCUGUACGAGGAUUACACAGGGAUUUACAAUCUGAGACUAUCAGUGUCUGCUCCGAUCCUUAUCAAUUAUUACCUUCUGACUAAUGGAACGACCAAGCAAACAAUGCGUCAAGCUCUGAAACUUAUUUAUGGUGAUCUAAACUUCGAAGCCAUGAUCGCUGUAGUUCUCAAGUUCGAGGACGAUGUCCGUGAAGCAUUUCUUGUGCUACCUCCACGGCGUCAAAUGGCUGAGGCUAUAAUGAUCGGGAACAUUGGUAACUACAUGCCCAACUACCCUGGUUCUGAAUGGGUUCGAGCCAUAAACAAUGUGCUGCCACAGGCCAAAGCCAUCACCAGUUCCACUGUGGUUUGGAUCGAGGACGUCUACAUUUUACAAACGGUGUCAGAUCUUGUGCUGAAGCUUGAGGACCAGAUGUUACUGUCCUGGUUUGUGGGCUGGGGUGUUAUCAGGACACUUGGAAUGGAAGCAUCAUACCCACUUGGAACUGCCCUAUCCAACAUGGAGUUUGUCUUCAGUGAGAAGCGGUGCCUCGCAAGUGUGCGCGAAAAUUUGCAUUUUGCCCUAGUCACUCCCCAAGUGAUGACGAUUAGUGGUUUAUCAGCGAAAAUGUCUAUCAUGCGCCUUUCGGUGCACAUCAGGAGAAGCUUCGUCGAAAUGAUUCGGCAAAACCAUUGGAUGGAUGAAAAGACAAAGUCCAACGCCAUCCGCAAAGCCAUCUAUAUGAUGCUGUUGGACGGAUUCCCGUCAUUUGCUGAAUUUCCAGACAAGUUGAACAAGUAUUAUGCGCAUAUACCAGACAUUAAUGCAGACUACAUGAACGUCUCUAUCACCCUUAGGGAGGCAAAAAUGAACAAGAUGAAACGUCUACUGCACACGCAUAUCUCGGAAUCGGAUUUCAACAUGUGGAACUUCCCAUUAGAUAGCGUGCAUUCACUAAAGUAUCAUAAUGAUCUCAACAAAAUGAUCGUUCCUGUCGCCGCAGCCUCUCCGCCUCUGUUCAUCAAACUGUUCCCAACUGCGUGGAAAUUUGGGGGCUUAGCCACUGCGAUCGCGGAGGAAAUGUCACAUGCUUUCGACGUUCUUGGUAAAAACUACAACCCGUUUGGGUCUCCGUCUGACUGGUGGACGAACAAGACACAGCUCCGCGCCAACACGCGAUCUCUUUGUUACCUACAGGAUUUUGGCCUGUGGUCUAAUGGAGCGAAAGGCCUGACCACAGUUGACCAAUUCCGCAUGCUCAAGGCAGCGCUAACUGGUGUCAGCCGCGCUUUUCAUGCUUAUUCCAUAUAUCCUCACGCGAACGACAACAGGCUGAGGACACUUGAUUACUUGUCAAGCAAUCAGAUCUUCUUUCUCAGUUACUGUUACCGUUGGUGCUCCAAAACAUCAUCUACUUAUGCGAUGAACCAGCACAUGUGUAAUUUUCCGUUGUCGUAUACGAAAGGGUUUACGGAUGCUUUCUUUUGCAAAAAGUCUGACCACAUGUACUAUAGACGAAAAUGUAGCUAAGGUCAAAAGUUACACGGCUUUUAAAUAUGUACAGCAAAAGUUUAGUGCAUACUUGUUUAGAGAUUUAACGGAGAACUCGCCAGUAUGUGACCCCUUUGAAGCUUCUUAAUGUAUAUAGUAACUUCCGUUUGUAAUUAAACGCGUGAGGAAGAAUGUUGUUUGGGUCAGUAAACUACUCGCUUCUGGCACAGUGCAUUCCAUGUACAAGUAAAAUCGUAAUGAUGCACCCGCAUGGGCUAGCUCGAGGAUAUAUUGAAGUACAGCCGGCUCUUUGUGUACUACGUUGAGACGAGACCACGGACGAGACACGCAUCGGAUCAAUUGUCUUCGGAUGUCCUAGUGGUAACGAAAAUUUUAAUAAACAUGAUAUGUUUAUUCACUGUUAAAA